GUAUCCAAUCGUCUUGUUGAACUUUCGUGACGUGUGCUUAGGCAUUUCCCAAACGGUGUGGGCACGGAGGGACGGACCAAGAAUGUAGGUCAAAAGUUAACCUUUUCAAAUGGAUAAUAUUUAAGCGAUCGCGAAAGUUUCAACUGGCAUACAAUCGGGAAUUAAGUAGGAAUAAACAUGAAGCAGACCUUUAAGCUACACAGUCCAGUGGGGUCGGAGCCUAUCACUUACACAUGGCCUAUACCCUCGUCAGAUGAUAAAGACGGUGCACAGGAAAUUAUUGACACAAUUAAGUUGGUUAGUGUGGACAUUCCAGAAUUGGGGCAGGCAUUAAGCAAGAACAUUCUGAGCAACUAUGACACCACAAGUUUUGAGAGCAUGAAGAGCCUAUGUGAGAAGUACAACCGAGCUAUUGACAGUAUACACCAAUUGUGGAAAGGGACAUCAAAACUAGCAAACCUUACCAACACGAAGGCAUCCACUCCAUUGUUAAAGCACAUUCUACAGCAGUGCUAUGAUCAUGCUGUUCAAGAUCCAGAGAAACUCAAUCAGUAUGAACCAUUCUCGCCCGAGGUUUAUGGAGAGACAUCGUUCGAGUUGGUGGAUCAGAUAGUAAAGUCUAUCAACUUUUCUGAGGAUGAUUACUUCAUUGAUUUGGGAAGUGGUGUGGGGCAGGUGGUUUUGCAGGUUGCAGCGUGUACAACUUGUAAAGUCUGCUAUGGCAUUGAGAAGGCAGAGUGGCCUGCAGCCUAUGCAGAGUUGAUGAUCAAACAGUUCAAACGCUGGAUGAAGUGGUAUGGGAAAAAAUACAGCAAUUUCCUGCUGGAAAAAGGGGACUUUCUCUCUGAUGACACAAAAGAAAGGAUCAACAGUGCCACUGUCAUUUUUGUGAACAACUUUGCAUUUGGACCUCAAGUGGACCACCAGCUGAAACUUAGAUUUGCUAAUAUGAGGGAAGGCGCUAAGAUUGUCUCAUCAAAGGCCUUCUGUCCCCUCAACUUCAGAAUCACUGACAGAAAUCUAAGUGAUAUUGGAGCUAUUAUGCAUGUCACAGAGAUGUCACCAUUGCGUGGAGCAGUUUCAUGGACGUGUAAUCCAGUCACAUAUUUCCUUCAUGUUGUAGAUAGAACUAUGUUAGAAAAGUACUUCCUUAGAAUGAGAAAUCCUGGUAAAAAGACUGAUGAUGAGGCUCCGAUCAGCUCAACCCGUCGUGACAGACGUGGUAGGCUUGUACCCUCUAUUGCCUCUGCAGUCCAGAAGAAUAAUAACCAGGAUCUGAAAUCCAGUGACAAAAGUUCUGACAGUUCUUCAUUUAAAGCAGCAAAGCUCCUUGACUUCGAUUCAGCCAGUAAUACUAGUUGUGAAAUGACUGGUUACACGGGGGAUUUUCAGGUAUUUGGCCCCACAACACGUCGCAAAUGGUCCGAAUGGAUAUCUCAACCACCUCUGUCUCGUUCUUCCCAAAAGGGGACAUUUACUUCCAUCAGUGACACAGAAAAUGAUGAUUACAGUAUGGUUAGAGCAAGAAGAAAUGCAGCUAAUGACGAGAUGAAAAAGCACGUUGCCAAAGUUCUUUCUCAAGAAAAAGAGGCUGCAACAGAGGAACUAGGGUCAAAUAUGCAUUUAAAGUCCGGCAAUUAUCAUCAAACGGCUGACAUUGUGGAAUCAUUUAUCUCAAAAGAACGACGAGCCCACUCGAUGGCUAAACAGAAAAUUCGAAUGGAAUUGCAUGCUAAUUUAAUGUCAGAUGACAUUGAAGAAUUUGAAAGUCACCUAGUUAAUAGACGUCGACCUAGAAAGGUUUUGUCUGCUUUGAAAACAAAAGCAAUUGCCAAAAGCAAAAAUCGUGACAAGGUUCUUGCACUGGACAGCCUUAACCUGCUCCACAAUCACACCCUGUUGUCUACCUCUUCUGCAGUCUCCUCUAUGAUGAAGUCCAACUACAAUGAGCCAAGCAUGACGGCCAUGUCUAAUUCGUACUUCAAGCCUUCGUUGCAACCCCAGUCUAUCUCUGCCAUCACCAGUCUAGACAUGGCUCCAGCCUUGCACAAGUUCAUGGAUUCUAUGAAGCAACAAUACAUACAGUUUGUGCUACUUAUGCAAUCAACCGAGUAUAAAGAAAAUGUGGAGAAUCUCAUUGAAAAAGAACGGCUUCAUCAUUUGGACUUGUGCAUAGAAGCGGAAAGAUUAGAGAACCAAAUACAACAGCUGCUAGUAGACAGCCUGGGUCAAUUAGAUGCUCGAUUGAAAGAGGUGAGUAUAGAUGCAAAGUCUCCAUCAGAGUUCAUCAGCCAGGCUCGGGCAAUACUUACCAGACAGAAUGAGUUGGAGGCAAUGGCAAGCAGCCUGCAGGGAGAGGUGGAGCAGUUAGAGAGUCAACGUCACACUCUGAUUGUUCACCAACCAGAGACUCAGGAAUUUAUUUUAAAUCAAGAUGAGUCAUUCAUGAAGAAACAACAGCUCACAUCACAGGCUCAACAAACUCAGGUUUCCCAUCUCGGUGACCAUUUACAGUAUACUUCAACUCAGGAAACUGAAAGCAAGGCUGAACAGAAACAACAUUUAAUGGGGGAUAGUCCUGGCAAUAUUUACUCUUCUGAAACAACUUCUGCAAGAAACGGUCAGAAACGAGGUUGCUCAGCUACUAAAGGAAGAAAAACCCUAUCUAGAAAUACUUUUGUUCAUGAAAAUACUCUACUAGUCGGUGCAAAUAAUUUAUCAAUUCGUAAACUGUUGGAAAAUACAGGGUCUGAUAUGUGUGUUAAAUCAGCUGAUUGUGGUACCAGCAAAGUAAAACGGAAUGGACAUUUAAAUGACCUCUCUCUGGAAAAUGAUCUCAAAUAUAGACCCAGUUUGCCUAUAAGCAUUCCAUUAGACUGUCUCCCAGGGAACAAUGUACAAAGAGUAAGCAAACCCCAACAGAUAAAUAGUGAUGAAGGCAAGAAAGGCCCUCCAGUAAAUGAUCAUAAGACAUCAGAAUCACCUUCCAUUGUUGGAACUCAGGGUCCAUUGAAAAUGUUGAAUUCAUCUGUAGACCAUUCAGAAUUCCAAAGUAACAUUUCUGCCUGGACAUUGUCCAACUUCAUAGCCAGCUCUCCAUCCAUUGUCACAUCAAGUAAUAUAAAUAUGGAAAAGAUGGUUAUUCCAAAAAGCAUGUGCAUGUGCUAAAUGGAAAUGAUUCCAGU